UUCCUUUUCUUUCGUUUUCAGGUUAAAUCACCUGCAUUUUCCAUCAUCCUCGACGCAAAUGCUUCUGAAUGAUUUCUUCAUCAUUACUUCUCCAUUUGUAGUUCAAAUUCCUGACAAUUUCAAUUUCAACUGUCAUUCUGAAACUUCCGUCCGCAGACACAUCUACUGCAUACACAAUGGCAAUGGGUGGAAGAACUACAAAUUGGCAACCUAUGACGGAACAGCGGCCAUUUGUAAUUGCGCAAGACCAACAAUUUUACCAACAGCAACAGGAACAGCAACAAGUAUCAGGUUAUUCUGGUCCUGGUGUUGUUGUCCAAGAGUCAACAUGGUCGAAUAGCAUCUGGGAUUGUUUUUCGCCAGGCUCACUUUGUACUUAAGCCCUGAUCUUGCACGUAUUCUCUCAAUAAAACUAACGAUAUCAACCAUUAGGUCUCAAAGCGACUUUCUGCCCAUGUUUCGUCUAUGGCAAGACUCAACAUCGUCUCAGUCGAGAUCCUAAUCUUACGGGAUAUGAACGAUUCAAUACCGACGUAUGCCGUUAUAUGACAUCUGGUUACUUCUACACAAGCUGACUUCUUAUAGUGUUUCAUGUGGGCAGGUGCUCAAUGGUGUGGUCUAGGUCUAGUAUUUACCUUUCUUCAACGUCGGGAAAUUCGGGAAAAAUAUGCCGUUGGAGGAAGAGAUGAAGAGAAGCCUAAGGAUUUGGCUUUGAGUUGGUGUUGUCAUUGCUGUGCUUUAAUGCAACAGGAGAAAGAGGUUGUUAUGAGGACUCAGAGUGGUCAUAAUUUACAACAGGGAUAUCAGAGAUCGGAUCCAAUGUUAUGGGUAUAAAAUAGUGCACUCGAGGGUGUAGCUUCGAACUUUGAACUGUGGAAGGGGAAGCUUGCUACUAUAUAAUAUUUGGGAUGGAACAUGCGUGAUGGAGUAUAAUGAUACGAUUUGAUUGUGUUUUUCAAUGUCU